ACUACCAGACUACCUAGCAAUGGUAUUGUUUUUCUCUUUCUUCUUCAUCACUUCUUUUCUGGUCAACUGAUCUGUUUCAUUUUCUUCAUCACUUCUAUUCUCGUCAAACUUGUAGUUUCUUUUUCUUCUUCUUCACCCAUCCAAAAACACAACUCAAAAGAAUCUGAAAUACUUCAGACAUACUUCUAAGAAGAAGAAGAUUUCUUAGGAUGUUCAACUAAUUACAUGGAUGCAAAGGUACGUACUGGUUUUCCCACCGUUUGCAGGCCAACUCAAGCUUGAAGCACGAUGAUAUUUCCUUUCAAAAGGAAACUGGUUGCAUGUCUAAACAUCUCUUAUUCUAUUUUCAUCAUUAUUCCGCUCAAGAUAUUUAAUUGUUCAAGUGAAAAUGGACUUGAUACAGAUGCUUACCAAAAGAGAUUUAAAACAUAUGGUUUGAACAAAAUUGUAAAAAAGAAGGAAAAGCUUUUACAUUUGUGUGUCUUACCUGCUGAAAACAAUAUAUGAAGCUUUCUACGAUUUCUUUGGAAUCCAUUAUAUUGGAUCAUUGGAGCUGCAGCCAUUGCUCAUACACCACAGGUUUGGCUAAUUUCUGUAGGAAUUAUUGCACUCAUCGUAAUCAAUUCGAUUAUUCGUUUAAUCGAAGAGAAUUACGCUGGAAAUGCUGCUACUUUAAUGGCUAGACUUUCUCCUGAUAAAGCUAAGGUCCUUCGUGAUAGAAUCUGGAACGAAAUAGAUGCGACUUUGCUCAUUCCUGGAGAUAUAAUCAAGAUUAAGCUUGGUGAUAUAAUCCGUGCUGAUGUCCGUCUCCUCAAAGGAGGUCCUGUAAAGAUUUAUAAGGGCCCUCUUACUGGCGUAUCCUUUUCAAGAGAUACCUACAAAGAGGAUUUUUUCGCCUCUGGGUCGAUUUGUACACAGGGUGAAAUAGAUGCUGUGGUGAUUGCUACCGGAAGUCGUACGAAGUUUGGAGAACAUACACAUCCAGUAGAUACUACAAACCAAGAUGAUCAAUAUCAAAAGGAUUUCACUGCAAUCCUUCAAUUCUGCAUGUGUGUAGCAGUUGUUGCGAUGCUGAUAGAGACCGUUGUGAUGUACCCCCAUUCAACAACGUGCUUAUCGUACGGUAAUUAACAAUCUUCUGGUUCUUCUGAUUGGAGGGAUCCCAAUAGCCUUGCCUACAGUGCUCUCCGUGAUAAUGGCAAUUGGCUCCCAUCGCUUGUCUCAGCAGGUUGGUUCCGAGUUAUGUUGGUGAUGUGAUUAAUUGAUAGAUUUUGUUGGUGUUAAUUGUUGUAAGAGCGAAAUUUAUGAUGUUCAAUUAGUUGUUCAUAUUCAGAUGAUAAUUCUUCCUACUUCUUAGUUAAUGAUGUUCAAUUACUUAAUUGAGAAAUUUAAGUUUGGGAUUUCA